AUGGCGGACGUCAACGGUGCUGGUUCACGCGGAUUAGUCACUUCGCUGCGCGAACAGUUGCUGGAAAAAAUGAGUGCCGCACAGCAGAAGGGCUCCGUAAAUUUGGCUGUUGAAAAUGUACCUCCGGGUUAUGCUCCGCUUCAGCAACCUGUGCCACCGCCUGUACCGCCACCUGUACCGCCUCACAGACCUAAACCGUCCGUUGGUUCUCAUAUGAAGCCGCCAAUCGCUCCGAAACCGCCUCAUAUUUCUCGUGAGAUGAAGAAACCUACUAUUUUUGUGUCCGCCAGCGAAGAUGAACCUAGCAAUAUUCCUCCUUACGUUAAUAUGGUCACGGAGGAGUCUAAUGGUCCGUCAGUUAAACGGAUUUCUGAACGACAUGGAAGUGGAGGUCUCUCAAUUCUGCGUGCAUCCGGUGAAGCACCUCGUCCUCAGUCCACAGUGUCGACAACUAGCACUGAAAAUGGAGAGGCCGCUGAUAUCUCUGAUAGCGAUUCCGAUGAUGGCCGACAUAACAGUAUUAAUUCUUUUCAGAGGAUAGACGGAUAUCUCGCUAGUUCUGGGCCUAUUACUCUGCGAAGACCUUCCGCAUUGUGUUUCAAUGGCGAUCCCUCCAUUCACGACAGAAUUGUGGAUGAAUUGAAAAGACAGGGUAUUAUCAGGUCGAGCGAUCGAUUAAUGAAGAAAAGGAAUGAUACUAUUCCUACGAGCCCCCUUCGAUCUGCCUCUAAGUCACAACAGCAAGACGAGGAUCCCGUGCAGUCAAAUGCUUCCCCUUCGCAAAAGCCUUUUCUUGAUGGCACGUUGUCGUCUUCGAAUGGAAAGUUAGCAAACACAGUAAGUGAUCGAAGUAGCACCACUACCACGACAUCUGGGGACAACGAAAUUAUUCCCGACUACAACACUGGUGAUGAGGAAGAGGAUAAACGGCUCAAAAGGCUUCAUCAUGCUGCCAAGGAGUUCUAUACUGUCCAAGAAUCUUUUCUCAAGUAUUUGAAGGACAUGGGAGAGGUUUAUCCGGAAUAUGUAAUGGAGUUUGGUAAGCGCUUGGGAAAAGAUCUGAACAUUCGACAAGGAUCUCAGCUUCAUAUUGUCCGUGAGCUGCAACUUCUUUUCGAGCAACUUAUUGGUUUCCAUCGACUACUUCUGGAGGAGUUUUCUUCACGUCUCGAUGUCUGGAGCUCCCACAGGCCCAACAUGGCUGACGUUAUCAUCAAGUAUGCAGACUUUCUGAAGAUCUGCAAACCGUUCUUGCUUCAGAAGUCACGGUUCGUCCAAGAACUCACUCGACUACGUGAAGAAAAUAAGGAUUUCGACAACGCUACAGUUGCUUUUGAGCAGAAGAUUUUAAAACGCGGUGUUGGGGGCGUUGUCCAGCAGCUGGAUCAGGUGCACCAGAAUUUCAUGAGGUACAAGAUCUUGAUGAUGAGUUACAAUAGGUACCUGGAACCGAACAGUGAGGAGCAGUUAAAGACUCUGGAUGCAAUCGCAAAGUUGGAAAAUAUAGCCCAGUCUGUAAACGAUGCCAUGGGACUCCCAAGCAAUGAGCAGCUGUUCAAAUUGUACGAUCGUUUUCAGUGCCACUUUGAUGUCUUCUAUCCUGGUCGGCGACUAAUACGUCAGGGCGAAGUUUUCAAACAGACUCGAAAGGAACCACAACCUCGUUAUCUUGUUCUUUUUUCUGAUACGUUGUGGAUUUGUCGAGUUAUGUCGGGUUUUGGUUCUUCUGGUCUUUUCGAUAUGGGUCGGUCCUAUCGAAUUCCCAUAGAAACUGUCCGUACGGAAAGUAAUCCUCAUGAAGACUAUGAACAACUACUGUACAUCAAGAGCAAAUACAAAAGUUUGAUAUUAAUCAUGAGUAGCGCUGAUGAGCGCCGAAAAUGGCAAAGGGAUAUCGAAACCGCUCGAGAAGAGAAACGACAGUAUAGAAGGCGGAUGAGCGAAGCUAUCGAACGGCAGAGAAGGCAAAGUGUGAAUCCUUUGAUGAGAGAAACCACGCUGCAAGAGGAGAGCAUUUCAUCAGACCAAAACACAAUCGAAGACACACAUUCCGUGGUCCUUCCUGCAACUACAGUUCAUACAAGCGAUCUUUUCGUUCGUAAUGGUUCAAGUGCUGCAAUCUCCCGUCGUAACUCCGAUUCACAGGAGUCUUCAUCUCAUCCAAGCACCCCUGUUGAUGAACAGCCUGGAACAUCUAUACACUCAUCAGUACCUACCAGAAGAAAAGUGCUGCGAUCUGAUGCUUUGAAGCCGCUUUGGAUACCGGAUGAUUCUUCUUCGAAAUGCCUCAUGGAAGGUUGCGACACAACCUUUUCUUUCCUAAAUCGUCGUCAUCAUUGUCGUGACUGUGGAUGGCUGAUCUGUUCUGCGUGCGUUGGAAAAGCACCCCUUUCUAAAUUCCAGUUUAAGAAGGAGAUCGUUUGCCCUGAAUGUUACGAAAAGCUGGAAGGAUUGUAUCAUGACGGCACCUUAUUUCCUACAAGUCUGCUGAUUCGUGGAUCCGACGGCGUUCUCAGAGUACGUGUACCAAAAGGAGGUGGCUCGCAUGAAAAGCGUUUUGUUGUUGUCGAACCGCAAACGCUCUUUCUUGCUCCGAUUAACAGAAGACUAAAACGAAUGAACAUCGAGAAACGGAUGAUCCCGGAUAACGGUCUUGUGUUUGGAAAAGUGAUGCUAAGGAAUGCUAAAGGUGGUGAAAUAAUGCGACAUGCUCAAUUAUCCGAUGGUAUGGUGCUCAAGUUCUACAAGGCUGCGUUUGAUGAUGAACCUUGCGAACAGUACGUGAUCUACGGCUUCGAACUUCGGGAGACAAAAAUCGACAGUGGUGGAACGUUAUUUGAGCUUACACAUAGGAACCAAAUACAAACCGACCGCAAGGAGCAUGUAAUCUCAUUUCGUGUUGAAAACGAAAAAAGCGUCAUCAAGUGGUCAACGGCAUUGAGACAAGGUUUGGGGAUCGCAGAGUCUUCCUGA